AUGGAGACCGACGCAGCCCUGGCCCACACCCCCUCCCCCGCCGCCCGGCGGCCGAGGAUCGCGGAGGUCAGCGCCCCCGCCCAGCCGACAGCUGCGCCUGCCGAUAGCCCCGCCGCCCAGGCCGGGCCCAGCACCGACGCCGCCACGCCGUACAGCGAGAUGCGUGAUAUUGCAAUCAAAAUGCAAGUCACGAAACUGGCCCGGAUUCUGAAGGAAUCAGAAGACGAGCCCAAAGAAAUCAACGUGGACGUUCCGGCCGCGGGAAAAUCCAAAAAGCGCCGGAGCAAGCGGCGAAGUCGCAGCCGUGAAAAAGACGAAAAGAUGGACGUAUCGGAAGCAGAGGAGUCAGAUACGGCAUCCGCACCCAAAAAGGCUACAACCCCUAAAGCAGAGGACGUAGUCCUACGGCCGGAACGGCCACAGCACUCCACAGACCCGCCUCCACAAAGAGAUUAA